GGGAGAGAGGCUCGACUCGGACAAGCCGCGCUCAGGAACUUUACUUUCUUUUCCUGUUCUUUCAACUUUCUAAGCGGCGACACGUAGUACUUCGGGGGGGAAAAAAAGGCAAAAUUGUAGUCGACUAAGAAAAAGGCAAAGGUCCUAACGGAAAAAAAAAAAGAAGCCUGCGCGUUGCCAUAGCUACGCCUUAGUUUGGGUCCCGCCUCCUGCCGGGCUGGUGGAAAGCUUACUGCAUUCUUGUGAAAUUAUAAAUCUACCCCAGAGGACAACAGAAGUAACUCAGGAAAAAUGGACGGGGACCACUUGGAAGCCUUGGACUCAUCUUCAGAAGCUUUGCAUUCUGAGGUGACCAUGGUGGUGACAGGAGAACCUCCUGGAUCUUUAGAAGAAGAACUAGAAGAAGAAGAGGAGGAAGAAACCGCCCCAGAAGUCAUAGAUUACCUGUCCCUUCUAGAUGUGCUGAGGGUCUCUACCAUUAUGGAGGACGUCAUCGACCAGCUUUCUAUUCUAGGCUACAUCAUUCCCGUCCCAUAUGAAAGAAAGCAGAGCAUCUCCCAGAAAGCAAGCCACGAAAAACCAUCUGCGGUCUCAAGUACAAGGAAAUUAUCUCUUCCUUUGUCAGAAAUGAAACAACGAGGCCAGGACUUAAUCUUAAAGAAGCCUACCAGGCAGACCAUCAUAAACCUGGAGACACUGAAGAAAAUUCAGAAUGAUAGGCAAUAUUUCAGUGAUGUGAUUGCAACUGCCAUGAAGGAGAUGCAAGACUUUGGCUCAUUCAAGAGUCUCCUGGAAGCCUUGGGCAGAGAAAGAGAUAAUAGAAUGAAUUUCCAUGAAGCCAUCACAAGGGAGGAAAAAGGAAGAAGACAGAUCAAAUUUCUUCAAAGACAGUUAAUUGAUGUCAAGAAGGAGCGCCAAGUGCAAGUACAGAAUGGGAAUGAAUACAUUGCUCACCUCAAGGACCAGUUACAAGAGAUGAAGGCCAAAACCAACCUGGAGAAUCUUUAUAUGAAAAGAAACACUGAGCUGCAGAUUUCCCAGACCCAGAAGAAAUGUAGCAGAGCAGAGGAACACCUGCUGGAGGAGAUUGAGAAACUGAGGAUGAAAACUGAAGAAGAGAACCGAGUUCACACGGAGAUCGAAUUGUUCCUUAAGAAAGAGCAGCAGAAACUUGAGGAGAAGCUAGAGUUCUGGAUGGAGAAAUUUGAUAAAGACACAGAAGCAAAACAGAAUGAGCUAAAUUCUCUCAAGGCUGUCAAGGCCUCUGACCUAGCACACCUUCAAGACCUUGCAAAGACGAUCCGAGAGUACGAGCAGGUCAUUAUUGAGGACCGGCUGGAAAAGGAGAAGAUGAGAAAGAAGAAGCAACAGGAUGACCUGGAGCUGAAGAGCAUCGUGAAGCUUCAGGCCUGGUGGCGAGGUACAGUGGUCCGGAGGGAAAUUGGAAGUUUCAAAAUGCCCAGGAAAGAGAAAGAAGACAUCAAAGAUUCCAAAGGCAAGGAGAAGGAAAAACGGAGAGGCAAGAAGUGACAAGUGCCUGUUGUUCUUUCCUCUGGUUUCAAGAGACACAAAUGAUGCUGUCACAACACUCACCUGUGGGUUGUCAUCUGUGAUGCCUACAGAGUUCACUAGGCCUGUUAUCCUAGUUUUCAAACCCCGAAUGGGGGCUACAACAUGGCUGUAGGGCCUCUUCACCAGACUGUGGACUUGAGGGAAGGAGUGUUGAGUAGCUUCUUUCUCAUCAGAAAACAGUUCAUCGGCUUAUACUGAUUCACUAAAAACUCCUGUAAUGUUUGAUUCUGAUUUUAUGCCAUAUGAUUAAAGUGAAAAACUACUAUAAAAGUGAAAUGUUCAGUGAGAA